UGAAAGUGGCGCAGAUGCGGGCACUUUCCAUGAUAAGCUCAAAAGUAGCACGGAAGAGAAAGCUUGUGCAAUGUCCCAGUGAACCCCGGAUAGGAAGGACGGAGACGCCGUCUGCCGGGUCAAAGCCAAUCCAAGCGACGAUCUACCUUCUCACACCACCAUCUGUGGUUCCCAGGUAGCGACGAAUACUACAUCACCACCUCGGUUGAACAACCCCUGGCCUGUCGCGCACAUGGCGUACUCGCAUCAUGUUUUAGCUCUUCGCAUGUUGAAAGAUAAGACUGUUUUCUCCCCCUCACUUCUUCUCUGCGAAUUUCCUUCUCCAAAUUUACUUACCAGCAUCACUCACCAUGGCGAAUCUCGCACAAGAUGGUGGCGAUCCUCGCCUGAGCAUCAAUGGAGAUGCGACCGCCAGGCACGGUAGUCUCAGUGGACAGGGAAUUGGCUCUUUCUCUCGUCCACAACUACUCGGCAUUCGCGAUCCCAGUGUCACGUUUGAUCAGUACCUUCACUAUGCGAAACAAACACGCAUCGAGCAAGACCAAAUGACAGCCAACGACCCCAAGAUUGGCUGGCUUGGUGUCCUCUGGCCUAGCAAGAAAACACAACACCAUGAUUAUGACACAACUGCUACGCGACGCGACAGUGCCACACUCGGUAUGGGAGAGAAGAAAGACGGCGAGGCAGCGCCCACCCGUAUCGCAGUCAGCGACGAAGAGUGGAUGAAUGCCCAGAGAGCUAUUCGUCAGGCCAGUGGUGCGGCCUGCUUCUACCUUAUCACCACCGACAUUCUCGGACCUUUUGGACUUGCCUACUCCUUCGCUACUGUCGGCUGGGCUCCAGGUAUUGUUCUUUUCACCAUGUUCGCUGUACUGGCUGGAUAUUCGGGUUACCUUGAAUGGAAAAUGUUCAUGUGGACCGACAGCUUCAGAUACCCGGCUCUGACUUACGGUGACUUGGCUUAUCGAAUCUACGGCCAAGCUGCACGUAUCCCGAUCAACAUUCUGCAAUCCAUACAACUUAUUCUGACUGUCGCGCUGAUCACGAUUUCCAACGGACUGGCUCUCUCAAUCGUGGCCAAAUUCAAGCUCUGCUACGUCGUCUGUGUGAUCAUCCUCGUUAUUGUUGGUAUGGUGCUUGGCCAAAUCAGAACUCUCCAGAAAUUCGGAUUUCUCGCCAAUCUGGCUGUCUUUAUGAACGUCUUCAUCAUGAUCAUUACAAUGGCAGUUGCCGCUCAUUCCGCACCAAACUACACAGCUGCUGGUGUCCUUAGCGCUGGUGCAUCACUUGGUGAAGGAAUCACCCCAGUCAACGGUGUCUAUCCACCAGUCAUGCACAGCACCAACAUUCCAAACACCGGAAGUUUCGUUGGCGCACUCAACGGUAUCAUGAACACAGUUUUCGCCUAUGGUGGUGCAAACAUCUUCACCAACUUCAUGGCCGAAAUGAGACGUCCGGCAGACUUCUUGAAAGCUAUGUGGAUCUCGCAAUUCUUCAUUUGGUUUGUCUACAUGUUUUAUGGACUCUUCUUGUACGGAUACCAAGGACAAUAUUCUAUCAGUCCAAGUCCUCAGACUGUCAGUCCUUACUGGGCUUUGGUUAUUGCAAACAUCUUGUACAUUAUCUCCGGUACAAUUGCUGCCGUACUUUACGGAAAUAUUGGUCUCAAGGUCAUUUAUAUGAACGUGGGCGUCGAGCUAUUCAAGAUGCCCGCCUUGACUAAAAAGUCUGGAAAAAUCGUCUGGGUUAUCCUUAUCCCGGUCUACUGGGCCCUUGCGUUUGUGAUCGGCGCGGUCAUUCCCAACUUCAACGCUCUUGUUGGUGUGGUCGGCGCAAUCUGUAUCAUCCAGUUCACCUACUCCCUUCCACCAUUCCUUUAUAUCGGUGCAAAGUCGAUGGUCAAUGCUAUCCAGCCUGGCGAAGGCUACGACGAGGCUACCGGCAGGAUUGUCCGCCACGACACUGGUAUCAAGCGAUUCAUUCGUGGCUUCACUGGUGGAACCCUGUUCGAAAAGGCGGUGAUGUUCUGGAACAUCAUUUACUUCCUUGGUGCUCUGGCUCUUGGUGGACUUGGCGCGUACGCCUCAAUCACGCUUAUCAUCGAAUCCUUUGCAAAUGGAUCUCCUGGUCUCACCACCUUUUCCUGCACAUCACCUCUUGAUGGUCAAUUUUUCUCAGCAUCUUAGAUGGUCCGAUCAUGAGCGAUCACAUAUGGGGGAGUUGACCCGGACGCUUACGUUAGGAGAACAUGCAGAACCAAUUCUCUUCAUGACAUUUUCUGAAGUUGGCAACAUUCAAGCAGGAGGACAUGUUUGGAGAUAUAUGGA